AUGGCCUCCCCCGACCUGCUCUUCAAUCUGCGGAACCUCUUCUACCUGGGCGCCUACCAGGCAGCCAUUAACAACAUCGACAUCCCAGGCCUCGACGCCGCCGCCGCCGCUGAGCGCGACGCCAUCGUCUUCCGCUCCUACAUCGCCCUCGGCUCCUACCAGGUGCGAACACAUCCGGCGUCAGGCGCCUCAGCCGCUACCUCGCUGCAGGUCGUGAAGCUGCUAGCUCUGUACCUCACUGGAGACAAGCGUAGGUAUGUCAUGAAGAAGAUCAACAUCUCCAAGCAGAACGACAAGUUCCAGCAGACCGCUUACCAAGAGGUAACGCAUGUGCUCCUAACACACGAAGACAAGAAGACUCUUCUAGAGCGGUACACCGCGUUUUCUAAACCUUCCGUAGGCGUCAAGGUGGCAAAGUAUCCCAGGUGCAGCCAUCCAGAGCUUGUGAUGGGUCUCAGGGAGCACACUGACGCUGGGGGGAUCAUACUUCUAUUUCAAGAUGAACUGAUCCCAGGUCUGGAGUUUCUAAAAGACGGUAGGUGGAUGGCAGUACCUCCAACACAAGGCAACAGGAUCUUUGUAAACCUUGGAGAUCAGAUUGAAGUGAUAACCAAUGGAACCUACAAGAGCAUAUGCCACCGGGUCCUUCCCAACAAGAACGGGAGCCGCCUAUCCAUUGCAACAUUCUAUAACCCUGGUGCCGACGCCAUAAUCUGCCCAGCUUCAAAGCGCACAUAUCCUAGCCAAUAUCGUUUCCAAGACUACCUUGAUUUCUAUUCUACUACCAAGUUUACUGAUAAGGUAUUUAGGUUCCAGACUACAAAGGCAAUAUUGAAGUGAAUAAUCACAGC